AUGAAUGACACAGAUAACAUCAUCGAAUCUUUACUCCUAGACAUUCAGCUCCAGUUAUCUGUCUUAUGUGCCAAUCAAGAACAAACUAAAAUGGAUAUUAACAGCCUUGGAAAUGAAAUAAUGAUUAAAGGAUCUCCAAAGCAAAAUCUCUCUUUGUUUAUUAAUAUGCCAUCAAAAUUGGGCAUCCAUUGCAAGAGUCAGUCAUCUCUGGAAAGACCGUCAAAGGAGGCAAUUGAGAGUGACAAAAGAGCAUAUUUAGAUGCGCUGAAGGACUUUAAACUUUUGUCGGAGUUUGAAUUAUGCUACGAUUACAUGUCCGUCUCUGCUAUUUAUAACACCGUCAAGUCCGCAAACAUCAAAUAUUAG